AGCUUCCAUCGCCAACCCCCCUCCCCACCUGCUUGGCCCCCUCCAAUCCGCAGCUCUGCGUGCGGGGGCGCGCACAUCCCCCCGCCAUCCAUCCAUCAGCCGGUCUGUCUGGGUGUCUACGCGGGUGCAACCGAGUACCUCUCCCCAGCCUCGGCGCCGCGCACAGAGGCAGAGCGUUCGCUGCGUGCCCAGCCCGCGCCCCACGCCCGCAGCCGCCAGACGGCUUUGCCGGUGCCCGCCCCGCUCCAGCCGGUGCGCGGGAGCCGCCGGGGCAAAGGCGCAGCGGCCGGCCAGCGGCCAGGCUCUGCUGCCCGUCUAGCUCUCUGCGCUCUAAGGAAGCCGCGCCGCCGAGCCACGGAGAACCACUCUCCAGGAUGAAGAAGCUCCAGGGAGCUCACCUCCGCAAGCCUGUCACCCCAGACCUGCUCAUGACCCCCAGUGACCAGGGCGAUGUGGAGCUAGACAUGGACUUGGCUGCAGACCGGGGAAACUGGACGGGCAAGCUGGACUUCCUGCUGUCCUGCAUUGGCUACUGUGUGGGCCUGGGCAACGUGUGGCGGUUCCCCUACCGGGCCUACACCAACGGAGGAGGUGCCUUCCUCGUGCCCUACUUCCUCAUGCUGGCCAUCUGUGGCAUCCCCCUCUUCUUCAUGGAGCUCUCCCUGGGCCAGUUCUCCAGCCUGGGACCCCUGGCUGUCUGGAAAAUCAGUCCCCUCUUCAAAGGUGCCGGAGCGGCCAUGCUGCUGAUCGUGGGCCUCGUGGCCAUCUACUACAACAUGAUUAUUGCCUACGUGCUCUUCUACCUCUUCGCCUCCCUCACCAGCAACCUGCCCUGGGAGCACUGUGGUAACUGGUGGAACACAGACCUCUGCCAUGAGCACAGGGGCCCCCAGGACCGCAACGGGGCACUGCCCCUCAACCUCACCAGCACCGUCAGCCCCAGCGAGGAGUACUGGAGCCGCUACGUCCUGCACAUCCAAGGCAGCCAGGGCAUUGGUAGUCCUGGGGAGAUCCGCUGGAACCUGUGCCUCUGCCUGCUGCUGGCCUGGGUCAUCGUCUUCCUCUGCAUCCUCAAGGGGGUGAAGUCCUCAGGCAAGGUGGUGUACUUCACGGCCACGUUCCCCUACCUCAUCCUGCUCAUGUUGCUGGUCCGUGGAGUCACCCUUCCCGGAGCCUGGAAGGGUAUCCAGUUCUAUCUCACCCCACAGUUCCACCACCUGCUGUCUUCCAAGGUGUGGAUCGAAGCUGCCCUGCAGAUCUUCUAUUCUCUGGGUGUGGGCUUCGGGGGUCUGCUCACCUUUGCCUCCUACAACACAUUUCACCAGAACAUCUACAGAGACACCUUCAUCGUCACUCUGGGCAAUGCCAUCACGAGUAUCCUGGCUGGGUUCGCCAUCUUCUCCGUGCUGGGCUACAUGUCUCAGGAGCUGGGUGUGCCUGUGGACCAAGUAGCCAAAGCAGGCCCUGGCCUGGCCUUUGUUGUCUACCCACAGGCCAUGACCAUGUUGCCCCUGUCGCCCUUCUGGUCGUUCCUCUUCUUCUUCAUGCUGCUGACCCUUGGCUUGGACAGCCAGUUUGCCUUUUUGGAGACAAUUGUGACGGCUGUGACGGACGAGUUCCCAUACUACCUACGGCCCAAGAAGGCUGUGUUCUCGGGGCUCAUCUGCGUGGCUAUGUACCUGAUGGGCCUGAUCCUGACCACUGAUGGGGGCAUGUACUGGCUGGUCCUUCUAGACGACUACAGUGCCAGCUUCGGGCUCAUGGUGGUGGUGAUCACCACAUGUCUUGCCGUCACCCGUGUGUAUGGCAUCCAGAGAUUCUGCCGAGACAUCCACAUGAUGUUGGGCUUCAAGCCGGGCCUCUACUUCAGGGCCUGCUGGCUGUUCCUGUCCCCUGCCACGCUCCUGGCCCUGCUGGUGUACAGCAUCGUCAAGUACCAGCCUUCUGAGUAUGGCAGCUACCGCUUCCCGGCCUGGGCUGAGCUGCUGGGCAUCCUCAUGGGUUUGCUAUCCUGCCUCCUGAUCCCGGCUGGCAUGCUGGUAGCUGUGCUGCGAGAGGAGGGCUCGCUGUGGGAGCGACUCCAGCAGGCUAGCAGGCCGGCCAUGGACUGGGGCCCAUCGCUGGAGGAGAACCGGACAGGCAUGUAUGUGGCCACACUGGCAGGGAGCCAGUCGCCCAAGCCGCUGAUGGUGCACAUGCGCAAGUAUGGGGGCAUCACCAGCUUCGAGAACACAGCCAUCGAGGUGGACCGCGAGAUCGCCGAGGAGGAGGAAGAGUCCAUGAUGUGAGGCAGGAGGCCGAUGGACAGGUGGCCAGCCCAGGGACCACGAAGGGCAGUCACUGUCCUCUAGGAUUGUGGGAGGUGGUGGCAGGUUGCUGUGGUGCAAGUCCCUGUUGGAUCUCUCCACACACAUAUACACACAUGCUUACACACAUGCAGACACUCCUAGAUACACACACAUUCAUACUUACACAUAUGUAUACAUGCACAUGUGUGCACCCAUUCAGAGCUGGGGAUGACCCACUUUGCAGAUGGACAUAUUGAGGUCAGGAGGGAGGCAUUGGCAUAGCAGAGGG